GUUGUCUACCACCUUCAGAAGAACAAAACAAAAGCGCCGGCGAGAAAGUUGACCCCCCUAAAGCAGACGAGAAGGCCUCUAAACCUGAGGAAAGGCUAGGUAAUCUGCAGAAGCCUGCGAAUGAAGUAGAGAACGGCAGUGGCAGUACGUCGAAGCUGGAAGAGACACAAGGGGACCUUGAAAGGUCUGGAAAUGGCACCGACGGCAGUAGCCAUACCACGAAACAAGAAGAUGGGAAUGGCGAUACGCCAUUGCUCGAUAUAACACCACUAAAAACUUCAGUGCGUCCAUCGCUGGACGCAAUCCGUUUCUCGUUCAUCUUGGAUCGAGACCAGAUACGAUCGGUUUACACGACGGGGAAGCUCGUCCUGGACCGAGAGCAGAUCCAGCAGGUCCGCUCUACCAGCGGCUUAGCAAGGGAAACCACAAGCCAAGGCACACAGGCCACCAAUGACGAGAGUCCGUCAUCUGAGAAAGAAGAGGAAGAUGGGGUUUCGACUAAGACUCUCCCGCUCUCGAACCUCGGCGAUUCUAUAGUCGGGUGGGAAAGCCACGAUGACCCGAAGAUGCCACUGAAUUUCUCACAGGCGCGCAAGUGGGUGAUCGUCUGGUCCUUAGCCGCCAUCACUUUCAUGUCCCCAUUCUCCUCGUCCGUUUUGGCACCCGCGAUCGGGUACAUCAACAAGGACUUUCACAACACGAAUCCCACCGUCGGUCCGUUCCCAGUCAGCAUUUACCUCCUCGGUUAUGCCACGGGACCGCUAUUUCUGGCUCCCCUUUCCGAGAUAUUUGGCCGCGCUGGGGUCCUCACUUCUUCCAAUGUGUUCUUCUGCCUGUGGCACAUUGGCUGCGCCCUAUCGCCGAGCCUCGGAUUCCUCAUCGCGUUUCGAUUCGCUGCCGGGGUAGGAGGUAGCGGAUGUAUGACUCUGGGAGGCGCCAUCAUCGGUGACUUGUUCCCGAUAGAGAAGCGUGGCGUGGCUCUUUCGAUCUGGGCACUAGGGCCUCUCAUCGGACCCACGGUUGGCCCUCUUAUAGGGGCUUUUAUCGCCGGUUCUAUCGGCUGGCGGUGGGCUUUCUGGGUCGUGCUGAUGCCAUCUGCCCUGAUCACCAUUAUUUUGGCCAUCUUCCUCCCCGAGACGAAUCAUCAGGUCCUCAUUCAGCGCAAGACCAAAAGCCUAGCGAAGGAGCUGAAGCGGACUGACCUCAGGUCAUGCUACGAGGCGCAACAAUCCCGCAAGGUCUCGCAGCUCACCAUCCUCCGGAUUGGCAUGCUGCGGCCGCUGAAGAUGCUCCUCUUCGCGCCCAUGAUCUUCAUCCAGUCGCUGUACGUGUCCUUCAUCUACGGCUCCGUCUACCUGAUGUACAACUCGAUCCCGCCGACCUUCGAGACCAUCUACGGCUGGGGCACCGGCAUGAGCGGGCUCGUCUUCAUCUCCAUCGGCGUCGGCUACAUGGCCGGCCUGUGGGUGUUCUCGAUGCUCUCGGACCGCACCGUCGUGCGCCUGACCAAGGCCCACGGCGGCGCGUUCCGCCCCGAGUUCCGCCUCACCAUCAUGAUCUGGUACUCCUUCCUUUGCCCCCUCGCCUUCUUCUGGUACGGCUGGGCCGCCCACAUGCGCACCCACUGGAUCGUGCCCAUUGUGGGCCUCUUCCCCCUCGGCUUCGGCGUCAUCGGCGUCUUCAUGCCUACCCAGGCCUACAUAAUCGACGCGUAUCCCUCCUACGCCGCCUCUGGCAUUGCCGCUUUCACGGUCCUGCGCAGUAUCAUUGCAGCUUUCUUGCCGCUCUGUGGUCCGGUGCUGUUCAAGACGCUGGGCACGGCGUGGGGGAACUCGGUGCUCGGGUUUAUUGGCGUCGCGAUGAUCCCGGUCCCAAUCUUUAUCUAUAAGUUUGGCGCGAGGCUGAGGGAGAGGUAUCCGCUUAGGCUGUGAGGGGCUCGGGUCGAGGUUCUCCCAUUUGUUUUUGAACAAAUGGAUGUUUGGUACCUUGGUAUAUGUAGUGGGGUGAGUAACUGGAUAGGGGUCUUGGAUCGGUAGGAUUGCGUAUGGCUAGACGCACAGGAUUUAUUUAGGUUAUAAUGGAUGUAUAUGCAGGUGCUAUAUAUCUGGUGUGAGAAUAGGUAUAACUAGAUAUUUUUCUUUCUCUAUGGCGCUGGCUUAGCGAUGGUAUGCUAGUCAGGUGUGUAGAGUAAAGGGGUAGUAGAUAAUGUUGGCAGAGGAGAAAAGGUUAAAGGGUAUUUAGGUAGGAACCUAGGUUAGUAUACUAUUUUACUACUACCAUGACUUAUAAAG